AGCGGAGCAGAAAGCGCUCCGGCCAAAGAGCUGCUGGCCUUAAACCCCACGCAGCAGUCCGAGUUCAAGAAGAAGGUCCAGGAGGCGAAGAAGAACAAGGCCAGUAAGGGCCUCCGUCUGACCCCCGGCGUCCUCUAUGUGGGCCACCUGCCUCUGGGGCUGUUUGAGCCUCAGCUCAAAGCCUACUUUGAGCAGUUUGGGAAGGUCCUGAGGCUCCGGCUCUCCAGGAGCAAGAAGACCGGGGGAAGCAAAGGCUACGCGUUUGUGGAGUUUGAGUGUGAUGAGGUGGCCAGGAUCGUAGCAGAGACCAUGAACAACUACCUGAUGGGGGAGAGACUCAUCCAGUGUCACACGGUCCCUCCAGAGAAGGUGCACGAGAAGCUGUUUGUGGGCUCCCAGAGGACGUUCAAAAAGCCGGCGUACCCGGCUGUGGGCCGCUACAACAAGCGGCGCUCAGCCGAGCAGGUGGCCAAGAUGACCCAGAAGCUGCUCCGCAAAGAGUCCAAGCUGCGCAAGAGGCUGGCGGCCCACGGCAUCGAGUACGACUUCCCUGGAUUUGCUGCCCAGGUGCCCCCAAAGAAGUCCUCUGCCUCCAUGAACGAGUCCUCCUGCAGUGAUGACGCCACCCCAGUCUGCACGCCGUCUUUCCUGGAGAGGAGGAAGUCCACGGUGGGGGACGAAGACGCGGAUGAGGAGAUAGUCAUUAAGAUGCCAGCGGUGGAGGUGGAUGAAAAGGAGGAGGAGGAUGAAGAGGAGGAGGGUUCCUCAGACAGUGAGGAAGCAGAGGAGCUGUGAAGCUCCUGAGCCUGGAGCUGAGGACUGUCAGAGCACAGAUACAAAGCUCAGGACCGUGUACAUACUGUCAUCAGUAGUGAGAGAGGACGGGCACAACUCUGAAUGUGGCCUGAAACUGCCUGCCUGCAGCCUCUGGAGCUGCUCCUCUGCUGGCUCUAGAAGGCGGAUGCUCCUCAAACAGCCACCACUCUGAAGGCAUCUUUCUGGGAAAACAUCCAGAAACUGCCCCUCUCUUCCAAAAAGGCCUGAUUCAAGUCCAUCUCCUCAUACUGGUGAACCCCAAUGAGAAUAAACCUGUUUUAAUGGUGUUCAUUUCACUGGUAUUAUUUCCUCCGCAGAGUGGAGAUAAUGGAUUAUUCUUCAUAAUCAUAUCUUUGAUGGAGCACAUUUCCCCCUCAAGCUAAACAAACCAUCUCUGAAAUCUGGUUUAGGUGUUUAUAAGAGAAUGAGAAUGGGGGAAGCACUGGUUCUGGUAGUUAUUGCUUAAAAAAAAACAGCUUUUCAGAGGUUUCUGGACAGAUGCUGUGGCUUUCAUUUAUUAGUCUUCAUACAUUUAUGUCCCGUAUUAAAGCUGCUAUGAUUGUCAUGAUUAGUUGAAAAUGCUUUUUAAUGGCUGGGUUACAUAAAUUGGGUUCUUUUUUUAUGCAAUAAAAGUUCCUGACAGGUUCAGUUUUAUGGAUAUAACAUUUUCCAUCUGGUGGACUGAAAGUGACUAAAUGAAUUAUUUCAAUAAUGUCAAUAAUUAUGAUAUAUUAUGAUUUAACAAUUAAAUUAUGGU